AUGGAGUUAAUAUUAAAAAAAAGUCAAAAUUCUUUAAAAUACUCGAAAGAAAUUGAAUUAUCAACAAUUUCAAUAAUUAUAACAUUUUCAAACCUUUCAAAUAAAUCACAACAAUCAUUUCUAAAUGAUAAUAAAAUCACACUAUCAAAUACAUUAGAAUGUUUAAUGAAUUUAGAUAAUCUUAUAAUAAAGAAAUGUUUAUUCAAAUUAAUAGAAAUUAUAUAUAGUGUAAAAUUAGAACUUUAUAAUACCAAUAAUAACGAUAAUGAUAAUUAUAAUAAUUAUUUAUUAUCAAUAGUAAAUAUAGAUAACCUUUUAGAACAAAAAUCAUUUUUCAUAGAUUUUAUAAUUAAUUCACUUUUUAAAAUUCCAAAUUUAAUUAAAUCACUUUUAAAUUUAUUAGUAAUCAAUGAUAAUGGAAAUGAUGGUGGUGGUAAAAUUGUGAAUAAUAUAUUAAUUAUUUUAGAAAUAAUAAUUCAAAAAAAUCCAAAACUUAUUAAAGAAGAUCAUUUAUUAGAUUUACUUUUACCACUUGUUCCAACAACAACAACAACCUCAACAAUAGGAAACUCAUUAGAACCACAAAAAUCACUAAAACCAAUUUCAUAUGAAAAAUUUUUAUUCCUUGUUAAUAAUAAUGAAGUACAAAAUUUAUUUAGUAGAUAUUUAAAAUAUAUAUUUUCAGAACAAUCAGAUAUAUCAACAACAUCAAUCGAUAAUUUAAUAAAAUGGAUAUUAAAUAAUACAGUUUCAUUCAGUACUAGUAAUAAUAAUAAUAAUAAUAAUAAUAAUAAUAAUAAUAAUAAUAAUAAUAAUAAUAAUAAUAAUAAUAAUAAUAAUAAUAAUAAUAAUAAUAAUAAUAAUAAUAAUACACCUUUUGAAACUUUUUUAGAAUUAAUAUUAGAUAGUUUUUCUUCAUCAUCAUCUUCUUCUUCAUCUUCUUUUAAAUCACUUGAACAAGAAAAUAAUGAAACAAUCCAACAACCAAAAUCAACUUACAAUUAUGAAUUUUUAAUUGAUAAAGUUAUAACAUCAAUUGGUGAAACAAUUUCAAAAAUUGAGGAUAUUAAUGAAAGAGAAAAAAAAUGGAAUUCAAUUUUAUUUAUUCUAGAAAUUAAAUUAUAUGCAAAUCCAAAGAAUACGACCUUAUCCAAAAUAUUACCAAAAUUAAUUAAAUACAUAGAUAAGAAAAUUAUAUUUGAAACAAUUAUUUCAAAUGUUAAUUUAAAAUUACAAAUUCAAAAUAAAUUAUUAAACAAUUUAAUAAUACCAACAACAAUGACAACAACAACAGAUGAUACAGAUACAAACUAUAAUAAUGAUAAUAAUAGUUAUUUUGAUGGUGAAGAAGUUUUUAAAUUUUUAUCACCACUUUUAAUUUUAAAAAUUUCAAUUACACAAUUAACAUCUAAAGAAUUAUUGAAAUUUACAAAAGAAAAAUCAAAUGAUAUUAUAAUGGCACAAUUAACAAAUAAUUUAAUAAGGCGUUUAAAUUCAAAAAAUUUAAUGUUGGAAAUUAGAAAAUUAGCAUCAGAUUGUUGUAGUAAUAUACCACCAAGUUAUUGGUCUACUUCAAUGUCAAAUUCAUUAAUAACUCAAUAUGAACUUUAUAAAAAUAGUAAUAAUAAUAAUAAUAAUGAUAAUGAUAAUGAUAAAUUUUUAAAAAAUUCAUCAUUAGAUUUUGUAAAAUUAAUUUUAUUUUGUUUUUGUAAUGGUUAUCAAGUUCAUGGUAUUAGUGAAGAUGAUGAUGAUUAUGAUAGCGGUGAUAAUAAUAAAGAAGAAGAAGGAGAAGAAGAUGAAAGUGGUUGUUGUGGUGGUGGUGGUGGUAUUCCAUUUAAAAAUUGUACUACUAAAUUAUUAAAAGUUUUUGAUUCAAUUUUAUUUUCAAAUAAUGAUUUAGAAAUUGGUAAUGUUGGACCAGAAUCAGAGAUUGCUAAAUUAUUUAUGGCAGUUAGUGAUUGUCUAGCAUUUAUAAUCAAAUCGAUUGUUGUAAAACAAGUGAAAUCAUCCUCUUUACUAUCUACAAAAUCAACGUUAACGUUAUUUUUUGGAAAAACUUAG